UCUUCUUCAUCUAUUUAAUAUAAAAAUAAAUAAGGAAUAAUCCCUCGUUCUCAAGUUUCAACGCCAUCUCUCUCUCUCUCUCUCUCUGCGUAAAAGUUCGUUGUCAAAUCAUCAUUGAGAAAUUGAGUUUUUCCUCAAUAACUGCGCAUUCAGCCUGUGUUUUUCAUCGCCUUUCGAGUUUUGUGCCGGCCAUGAAUCCGGAGUACGACUACCUUUUUAAGCUUUUGCUUAUUGGAGAUUCUGGUGUUGGCAAAUCAUGCCUUCUUUUGAGGUUUGCUGAUGAUUCGUAUCUUGAGAGUUAUAUUAGUACCAUUGGUGUAGACUUUAAAAUUCGCACAGUGGAGCAGGAUGGAAAAACAAUUAAGCUACAAAUUUGGGAUACAGCCGGUCAAGAACGAUUUAGGACAAUUACAAGCAGCUACUAUCGUGGGGCUCAUGGCAUCAUUGUAGUCUAUGACGUGACUGAUCAAGAGAGUUUUAACAACGUCAAGCAAUGGUUGAAUGAAAUUGAACGAUAUGCAAGUGACAAUGUUAACAAGCUUCUCGUUGGAAACAAGUGUGAUCUCACGGCACAGAAAGUUGUGUCCACUGAGGCAGCAAAGGCAUAUGCUGAUGAAAUUGGAAUACCUUUCAUGGAAACGAGUGCAAAAAACGCUACUAAUGUGGAGCAGGCUUUCAUGGCUAUGUCUGCCUCUAUAAAGAAUAGGAUGGCAAGUCAGCCAGCCAUGAAUAACGCUCGACCUCCAUCUGUACAGAUUAGAGGACAACCUGUUAACCAAAAUUCCGGCUGUUGUUCCAAUUGAAGUGCAGGUUGGUUGAUUGGAUGAUGUCAAAUUGUGUCCCUCAUGGCAUGUAAAAUUAAAUCUUUCUCUAGUGUUUAACAAGACUACUUCAAAAUUUUUAUCACUCUUUCAAUGACUAUGAUAAACUUCCAUUCCUUUUGAUGUAUUUGAUUGGUGAAGAACACUUGUACAAAGUAACAAUACUAGUCUAAACACCUCCCUUUGAAUUUCGAAAUGUAGUAUACGUGAUUAUUCCAUCAAUAAACUUUGACACCGUUAA